AUGGGUAAUCUUAGUACUUUGGAGUUUUUAUUUACAGAGGAAGCUGGCCUCACGGGUGAAAUACCCCAGGAGAUUGGUAACCUUCGCAAUUUGGUGAUAUUAGUCAUAGAAUUGAACAAAUUAAGAGGUCACAUUCCAGCAACGAUCUUUAAUAUAUCGACCAUGCAGGUCAUUUCGUUUGUGAAUAAUCACUUGUCUGGAAAUCUUCCAUCAAAUAUAGGCCAUGGACUACCCAAUCUUGAAGAUCUUCUUCUUGGAAACAAUACUCUUAGUGGAGUUAUCCCUAGCUAUAUCUCUAAUGCUUCUAAACUUGUUCGUCUUGAACUCGUUUUCAACAGAUUCACUGGUCCAAUACCAAACUCACUUGGUAGUUUAAGACUCCUAGAGCUUCUGAACUUGGCAUAUAACAAUUUGACAGCUGAAUCUUCAUCCUCGGAACUGAGCUUCUUUACUUCCUUGACAAAUUGCCAACAUUUGGAAAUAUUAGAGGUGUCUUAUAAUCCUCUAAAUUGCAUACUUCCAGCUUCCAUGGGGAAUUUCUCAUUUGCUCUCCAAGUUUUUGGUGCGUCAGGUUGUAAAAUCAAGGGAAACAUUCCUGAUGAUAUUGGUAACUUGAGCAAUUUGCGACAAUUAGCUCUAGAUGGAAAUGACUUGACUGGCUUACUGCCAACCACAGUUGAAGGAUUAUUGAAGCUUCAAGAAUUAUAUCUUCGAGACAAUAGGCUAGGCGGAUCCAUUCCAAAUGACAUUUGUAGUUUAAAGUACUUGAAUGUCUUAGUUUUGAGCAUAAACAAGCUCUCAGCUUCAAUCCCUGAAUGCUUAGGGAAUAUCACUUCUCUAAGAUAUCUCCAUUUAAGUUCAAACAAACUAAAUUCUGGAAUACCUGAAAGCCUGUGGAACCUCAAAGAUCUUUUGGAGUUUGGCGUAGCCUCAAACUCCUUAACUGGUUAUGUAUCUCCAGGAAUUGGAAGUCUAAAGGUUGCAACGGUUAUAAAUCUAUCGAUGAAUCAACUCUCAGGUGAUAUUCCUAGCACAAUUGGAGGUUUGCAAAACUUAAAGGAACUCUCUUUGGAGCAUAAUAGAUUGCAAGGAUCUAUUCCUGAGUCAUUCAGUAAGCUGGUAAGCUUGGAAUCCUUGGAUCUGUCUCAAAAUAAUCUUUCUGGUGCGAUACCAAAAUCAUUAGAGGCACUCCUAUAUCUUACAUACUUCAACGUUUCUUUCAAUAGAUUAAGAGGAGAGAUCCCCACUGGAGGUCCUUUCACAAACUUCACCAGGGAAUCUUUUAUGUCGAAUGAAGCAUUUUGUGGUGCUCCUCACCUACAAUUCCCAUUUUGUGAUUCUAAUUUUAUCCAUAGAUCAAAGAAAAAAAGGGUGCUUUUAAUUGUAUUUAUCUUGUUGGGGAUUGCAUCCGUAGUUAUUGCCUUGAUUGUCGCAUUAGUACUGAUAAGAGGCCGAAGGAGGAAUCACAUGCAGAGCCAAUCUGAUCUUUUACCCAAAAUAAUGAACGAAAGAAUUUCAUACUAUGAACUUCAAAGAGCAACUGAUGGGUUUAGUGAAAGCAACUUACUUGGAAUCGGAAGUUUUGGCUCAGUGUAUAAAGGAGUACUUGCAGAUGGGAUGCUUUUGGCUGCAAAGGUAUUCAAUUUGCAAAUAGAAGGUGCAUUCAAGAGUUUUGAUACCGAAUGUGAAGUAUUACGCAACCUUCGUCACCGAAAUCUAACCAAAGUCAUUAGCAGUUGCUCUAAUCUUGAUUUCAAAUCUUUAGUGCUCGAGUACAUGCCUAAUGGGAGCCUUGAAAAGUGGUUGUAUUCUCACAACUAUUAUUUGGACAUUAUGCAGAGAUUAGACAUAAUGAUAGAUGUGGCAUGUGCAUUGGAAUAUCUCCACGAUGCCUUUGUAACACCUGUUGCUCAUUGUGAUGUGAAGCCCAGCAAUGUCUUGUUGGAUAUAGAUAUGGUCGGACACUUGAGUGAUUUUGGCAUCGCAAAGUUAUUUGGUGUGGAAGAGAGUCUUGUCCUAACCAAGACUCUUGGAACAAUUGGGUAUAUUGCACCAGAAUAUGGAUCGGAAGGAUUAGUAUCCACACAGUGUGAUGUUUACAGCUAUGGUAUUGUGUUAAUGGAAACGUUUUCGAGAAAGAAGCCAACUGAUGAAAUAUUUGGUGAAGAUUUGAGUUUAAAGGGUUGGAUAAAUGAGUCACUGCCAAAUUCAAUUAGCCAGGUUAUAGAUGCCAACUUGAUAUCACCCGGUGAGCCGAACUUAGUAGCAAAGCUGCAGUGUGUAUCAUCCAUCAUGGAGUUGGCUUUGGAUUGUUGUGUAGAAUACCCAGAGGAGAGGAUCUACAUCAAAGAUGUUCUUGCAGCACUCAGGAAAAUCAGACUUCAGUUUAUAGCAAACUGCAGAAGGGUUUAA